CUGCUACUCGACAGUAGGUGGCGCGGGUUGACUGCCAGGAAAAAAAGACAAAAUCAUGGCUGCGCGCAGCAGUGUCUUUCGACCGGGUUUAUUCCACCAUAAAGUUGCAAUAGUGACCGGUGGAGCGACUGGCAUCGGAAAGGCAAUAUCUACUGAGCUAGUGGAAUUGGGUUGCAGUGUGGUGAUUUCCAGCAGAAAAGCAGAGAAAUUGGAGGCAGCUGCCCAGGAGAUGAGACAAAAAAUUCCAGCUUCCAGCCCCGCAUGUGUCACUCCUCUACCUUGCAACAUCCGUAACGAGGAUGAGGUGAAGGCCCUCGUACGCUCAGUGUUGAAGCAGUAUGGUCGCAUCGACUUUUUGGUGAACAACGGCGGUGGUCAGUUCAGCAGUCCAGCAGAGCACAUGUCUUCGAAAGGAUGGAAAGCUGUGAUCGACACAAACUUGACUGGCACCUUCCACUGUUGCAAGGAGGUGUACACGACAUGGAUGAAGCAACAUGGAGGUGUGAUCGUUAACAUUAUUGCUGACAUGUGGAAAGGCUUUCCGGGCAUGGCCCACACAGGCGCAGCCAGAGCAGCAGUGGAUAACUUAACAAAGAGCCUGGCCAUUGAGUGGGCUGCCUCAGGUGUCCGGGUCAACGCUGUUGCCCCGGGCACAAUUUUCUCUAAAUCGGCAAUGGAGAACUACAAGGAGCUCGGACCAACCCUUUUCAAGAGGUCUGUCCCUUUUAGUCCUGCAAAGAGACUUGGAGUACCAGAAGAGAUUUCAUCUGCAGUUUGUUUCCUGCUCUCUCCUGCCGCCUCCUACAUUUCUGGAGCCACACUGAGGGUUGAUGCAGGGCAGAGUCUGUACCACUCCAUGUGGGAGAUACCCAAUCAUAGUGCGUGGCCCGAAAGUCCAGAUGGGGAGAACCUGGAUGCACUCAAGGACCUACUCAAUCCCCAAAGCAAGCUGUAACUCAUUCGUCCCAUGAUGAUACCACAAAAACAUGUCAUAAUCAAAUACAAUGCCGUCUUAUUUAGACAAGACACAGAUAUGCUAUGAAAAUACAAUUGUGGGGUUUCUUGUAAUGCUGGAAACGUUUGAAUGUGAAUAACUAAUUAUCUGUGACAAUUACUAUAAUGUGUAACAUGUUGUAUAAAUGUAAUUGCUGUUUCUAGGUGAUACACUGUGCCUGAUAUUUUACUAUGUCAACAGUAUCAAACGUUUUGCUCAGCACGCAAACUACCGGUAUGCCUAAUUAUGUUUUUAAAAAAAUGGCAGGUGAUAAGUUCCCUAAUUAUUUUCAAUGUGGUUGAUUGUGAUACGUUGGAUUGACACACUACAGUGCAUUAUUACUUUUCCAAAUUUAAAUAAAAACGAAUAACAAA